GUGUAAUUCUAUCAGCACUGCUCCAGCAGAUGGUUUUGCAGUUGCAGUUAUCAUCAGCACAAGAGCUCUUCCACCAAGGAGCCUGCUGAAACGUUCCCACUCUUUUCUAGAGAGUUAUGGUGCCAGUGUUCCUCUGAUUCCCUGGAAAUUCUUGCUCAUCAAUCACCAUGGCAGUCAACUUGACAAGCAGACUACUGCUGCACCAGCUAUUAAGAAAGCAGCAUACUCCUUCAAGGAUCUGUACAUGGAGAAGACUUGGGGUCAGAUACUGUGUCUCCUACCAGAAACAGAAGGUCCAACCAGCGGUCCAACCAGCUCAGCAUGUCCUUGGACCUCAAUGGGAUGUCCAUCCCUUCAUGCCCGAAGUAACUGCCUUACCCAAUGUGCACACCUACCAGGACCUGGUGCAGUUUUCCCUGAAGGAUCCUGAGACAUUUUGGGGGGUUCUGGCCAGGGAGAGGCUGAUUUGGGUGAAGCCAUAUCAGACAGUGAAGGACUGUGACUUCACCCAAGGCCGGGUCAGAUGGUUCCUUGGUGGUCAGUUAAAUGUAUCGGUGAAUUGCCUAGACAAGCAUGUCCACCAGUGUCCAGACAGAGUUGCAUUAAUCUGGGAAAGGGAUGAACCAGGGACUGAAGUAUACAUCACAUACAGAGAACUUCUUGAUACCACGUGUCGAAUCGCCAACACACUGAAGAAGCAUGGCAUACAGAGGGGGGAUAGGGUGGCCAUUUACAUGCCUGUGUCGCCUCUAGCUGUGGCAUCCAUGUUAGCCUGUGCCAGAAUCGGUGCAGUGCACACCAUAGUGUUCGCUGGCUUCAGUGCUGAAUCUUUAUCGGGAAGAAUCAAUGACGCAAGCUGCAAAGCCGUCAUCACUUUCAACCAGGGUCUGAGGGGUGGACGAGUGGUUGAAUUCAAGAAGACUGUGGAUGAAGCUGUCAAGAACUGCCCUUCAAUUAAACAUGUAUUUGUUGCACAGAGGACAGAGAACAAAGUCCACAUGGGUAGUCUUGACAUACCUCUUGAAGAAGAGAUGGCUAGAGCAGAUCCCAUCUGUCCUCCAGAACCCAUGAACAGUGAAGACAUGCUAUUUAUGUUGUACACCUCGGGUAGUACAGGGAAGCCAAAGGGUGUUGUGCAUACACAGGCUGGCUACCUUCUCUAUUCUUCCCUGACACACAAGUAUGUGUUUGAUUACAGUCAAGGAGAUGUGUUUGGCUGUGUGGCUGACAUUGGCUGGAUAACAGGGCACAGCUAUGUUGUGUAUGGACCCCUCUGUAAUGGAGCCACCAGUGUCUUAUUUGAGAGCACUCCAACUUAUCCAAAUCCAGGGCGGUACUGGGAGACGGUGGAAAGGUUGAAGAUUAAUCAGUUUUAUGCGGCGCCAACAGCAAUACGUCUGCUGCUAAAAUAUGGAGAUGAGUGGGUGAAGAAAUAUAAUAGGUCGUCUCUGAAAACGUUGGGCUCAGUGGGUGAGCCAAUAAACCACGAAGCGUGGGAAUGGUUUAACAAUGUUGUUGGAGAGAGAAGAUGCACCCUUGUGGACACCUGGUGGCAGACAGAGACUGGUGGAAUCUGCAUCGCCCCCCGUCCCUCCGAGCAAGAUGGUGAGGUUAUCCCUGGUAUGGCUAUGAGGCCUUUCUUUGGCAUACAACCUGUGCUUCUAGAUGAACAGGGAAAGGUCAUUGAAGGUGGUGAUGUUUCUGGUGCUCUGUGUAUCGCACAACCAUGGCCUGGCAUGGCAAGAACCAUCUAUGGAGAUCAUCAGAGAUUUGUGGAUGCUUACUUCAAAGCAUAUCCAGGCUACUAUUUUACUGGAGAUGGAGCCCACAGGACAAAUGAAGGGUAUUAUCAGAUAACAGGGCGAAUGGAUGAUGUAAUAAAUAUCAGUGGUCAUCGGUUGGGCACAGCAGAAAUUGAGGACGCACUGGAUGAGCAUCCUGAUGUUCCAGAAACUGCUGUUAUUGGUUUUCCGCAUGACAUCAAGGGAGAAGCUGCAUUUGCCUUUGUUGUAUUAAAAGAUGAUGUAAAAGAGGCAGAAAAAGAUAUUAAAGAGGAUCUUAAAGCAAUAGUGGCCACAAAAAUAGCAAAAUAUGCCGUUCCAGACCAUAUUCUGAUGGUGAAACGCCUUCCCAAAACUCGCUCAGGGAAAAUCAUGCGGCGAGUACUGAGGAAAAUCGUCACAGGCUACACUGAGGAUCUUGGAGAUAUAACUACCCUGGAGGAUCCGACCACUAUUACAGAAAUACUGGAAGCAUACCAAAAUUACAAAUCAGAACAGACAACAAAAUAACUUGGAGACACCCAUUUAUUGGAGCUAAAUUACAGAGUAACUGUUUGUUAACAUUUACCAUUGGAAAACUCUUCAAACGCUAAGCUUAGAACUACCUGUUCUUUCUAUUGACCAAUCAAUUAACUUAUUUGCUGUAUAUUAAAAUAACAGAUCUUAACAGAAUCUUGUAAAAUUUAAUUUGUCAGAUGGUAGUCCCCUUUAAAAUGGAACUCCAGACAAAUGCAUAAAAUAAUCCAUUCAUUUAUUCAUUCAAAAACUAUUAAAUGUAUGCAUGACCAGCAUAAAACUUGUAUUUGCGUCCGUUAGGACUGGGAGAGCGAGGGUCAACUCUCUAAGCUAAACAGCACUCUGUUACUUUGCCUAUUACUGUGAAUCUAGCACUGCAAACAUACUUCCAUGAUGGGAGACAUCAGGCAUGAUCUCCUGAGUGUGUGGCUCCUUCUUCAUUGUUAAAUUACAGGCUUGGUUGGGUCAUAGACCAAGUGCCAAUUCUUGAAACCCUAUUGGUAUUUCACUUUAAAGUCUGCAGCUAUGUAGGUGCGCAGCUAAAGUCUGCAAUGUUAAUGUCUUAUGUUUUUUUUUUUUAAACUUAGUAUUAAACUCAGCAUUUUUUAGCCUAACGAGGAACUUCACUCCAUCCCCAAGGUUAUUUUUGAUCUUAACCCCCUCCUACAUUGUCUGCUAGGUUGAUCCAUCUAAAGCUGUCGGAAAGGUAUUUUUGUGGUUUGCUGAAGAGGGGGAUGAGUAGGAUAAAAUGAAGAAGUAAAAAUGAGUGAAGAUCUGCUUUUAGCUUAAAGUGGUUCUUCAGUCUGAAAAUAAAAAUUAAAAGUUAGCAGCUACAAAUACUGUAGCUGCUAAGUUUUACUAGAAGGACACUUACCUGUCUAGGGAUCCAGCACAUCCUUAUCUGGGCCAGUUCUUCACCAGUCUUUAGGUCCUUAGCACUGGCAUCUUUAGUUUGGGAAGCUGGCUAUGACUCCUUGAGAACUGUGCUGCACUUUGUGAAUAGUCCCGCAGCCUUCUGGGACCUGUGAGAACCCAAGACGCUGCAAGCGGGGGGGGGGGGGUCCAACUUCUGCUUGGACCGCCUAUUCGCUUUCCCCCCCCCCAAAAAAUGUAAUGUGCCAAAAAUUGAAGAGGAGGGGUAAAGGUCUGCUUUAACAAAAUAAGCAUUCACCAGUAUUUUUUUUAAUUUGCAUCCAAGCACUUUAGAACUUCCAAUGCCACUGGCUUCUGUUCUCUCAUCGUUACUUUCCUGAACUUCUUGUACUUUACAGGGAAGAGAGAACAGGGAACCGUGCAGCCUCCAGCAGCCAUCAUUCUACUAGUUGGGAGGAGCAGGGGGGUGCUUUGCUAUCAUAGGCAACAGGUCUGUGUGUUUGUUUUGAGGCACACAGCAUAAGAAGACAUAGCUCUAGUCCAGGCAUGCAAGGCUUGAUUCAUAAGACCCUGCAAGGGAAAGGAGACAUCCUUGAAAUGUUAUGUAGUGAUCAUGGCAGCAGCCUAAAAAAGAGAAAAAGAGCAAGUUUAAAAGAUGAAGAAGCUGUUUAAGGUAUUAAAUCAGCUUCUGAAAUUGCCUAAACAAUUGAGGGUUUAAUAUUUCAAACACAAAGCUCUAGAAGUUCAUACAUAUGGUUUAUAAGCUAAAGCAGCGCUUUAGACAUCAACAUCUGAUAAUGGUAAUAUGCCCUCUGAAGAGCGAGUCCAACAACAACCAAGGUGUUCAUAGAGAGGUGUUCAUAUAGUGACUUGUCAAAUAGAUGAUAACCUUCACCGCACCACGUGAGACCGCUCCUCUCAUGAUGCACACUCCCCGGAACAGUAUAAUAAAACCGCAUUUGAUAUUUAUAAUGGAUCUUUGACAUGCAUUCAUAAAAUCCUUAAUCAGCAAUCAAAAGGGAUUAGAAUAUGCCACACGAUAGGUCUGGCUACUCACAGUGGAUAUCCACUUGUUGACUCUUUAGCUCAAAACAUAGGAGAAAAAGGAAUCCUCAUAGCGUAAACUAGUUUAAAAUGUUAUUCCCAUCAAAGAACCUGCCUUUUAAGAUAUAUGCUUAUGCAAAAUUCAAUAUAAAAUGGCAUCUCAUAGUAGUCAUCUGAAAUUCACACCUUGUACAAAACUCGCUCACCGUCCAAAGGAGCGCUCAUCCGCGGUGAUACCUAGGUGGAGAUCUUCAAAGACUGACAGUUUCAGCAAGCCGUCUGGUCACGCCUAGAUACGUUUUGUCAUUACGUCUAUCAUCUUAAGCGCUGCCUUAGCUUAUGAACCAUAUGUAUGAACUUCUAGAGCUUUGUGUUUGAGUAUAUAUUUACUAUAGCAGCAGCUAAAUCCAACCACAAAACUUUUUUUCCAUAAGUCACGAAUGAGCCAUUUCUUCUUUAUUGCUUUAUGGUUUUUAAGGGUUUAAUAUUGUUUUGAAAUAAGAGAAAUAGAAAAACAGAAAUAGAACAGGUAGAAAACUGUGUUACUUGGUAAGCGGCUGGAGAAGGACUGCUAUUCUCUGUUGGCACGUCAACUAAAGACCUACAACUCUGCAAUAAGCAGGAAGGUUGGGUUUCCCCGAUUUGCAGAGUUGUAGGUAUGACAUAAAGAGACCACUGCAGAGAGACUGGAGAAGGACUGCUAUUCUCUGUUGGCACGUCAACUAAAGACCUACAACUCUGCAAUAAGCAGGAAGGUUGGGUUUCCCCGAUUUACAGAGUUGUAGGUAUGACAUAAAGAGACCACUGCAGAGAGACCACCAUGCUUUGUAGUAGGGGUGCCUUGAUUACAAUACAGUAAUUCGGCUAAUAAGUCCAAAGUCUUUAAUAAUUUACCCCAUGACAGCAAGAAAGUGAUAAACAUCAGAGACAGAAAAUUCCCCUUCAUUAUGGCUCUAGAUGAGAAUGAACAUAUUAAAAUAACACAUAUGAAACACACAGGAAAAAUUUGUUUCUUGUUUAUCAAUUGUAUUAAUAAGUGUUCUGUCAUUUUUGUAUUCUUAUCUAUAGCCAUGAUAAAAGGGGAUUUUCUGAUCUCCAAAACAUAUUGGCUGCUUUUUUGCUUUCUUGUGUCAUUGACUAAAUUAAUUAAAAGUUUUUGGACUUUCAAGAUGUUUUUUUGGUGCUCUUAUUGGCUAGAUUACAUGUGGAUUUCUCUAUCUGGGUGACCAACCCCUGUUUUCCAAGAGGCCCUCAAUUUUGUGGAGAACUACAGAAACCAAUCCGUCAAGUUUUUUUUUAUCAUCUGAAUAUCAUCAUCUCAAGAUUUGUGUCCAGAACCUCGCUUCCACCUUUUCUUCAUCACAAGAGGGCCUGAAUGGAUACUAUACAUUUUUACAAGAACAGCUCACUUAAAUACAGUAUAUUGCAAUUGUGUAUCCAGCUGUUUGCCUUGUAUUUAGUUUUAAUGGAUCAGGGACUUUACAAAGAUAUUAAUGACCUUCUGAAGGACCACAGACAUAAAACUCACUUUAUUUAUUAUCAUGGUAGCACAGUGGCUAAGUGGUUAGCUCUUUGGCCAAGCGGGUCUUCGGUUUGAAUAUCAACCGUGGCAUUACCUGUCCAGAGUUUGUAUGUUCUCCCUGUACCUGUGUCGGUUUCCUCCCACACUCCAAAGACAUGCUGGUAGAUUAUUUGGCUUCUGUUUAAAUUCGCCCCAGUAUGUGUAUGUAAGUUAGGGACCUUAUAUUGUAAGCUCCAUGAGAGCAGGGACUGAUGUGAAUGUAUAAUAUAGGAUUUGUAAAGGGCUUUGUAUAAUUGUUGGCGCUAUAUAAAUACCUGUAAUAAUAAUAACAAAACGAUCAAAUGUACUUCUGCAGUUUUAUAAAACUGAUCUUUUUACCUGUGUUCAUGCUGCAUUUUAUAGUUUAGACUAAAUUCUUUGUUGCCCUGUGCUUCAAAACGUUGGUUCCUCAAACACUACCAUACAAUACAAGUUGUAUAGGCCACCUUAUAUUGUAAGCAAGCAGCUAUGGUAAUACUGGCCACCAUAAAGUGUUCCAGUGAUGCAACAUCGCCUGUAACUUCCAUCCAAUCACAUGUGAGUUAAUACAAUUGUCUAUGUGAAAAUCCAUCACAUGAGAUCCACAGCCUUCUACUAUUUAUUCGAUACAAUGAGUUAUAUAUCUUUGGACCUUGUUUAAAAAUCUGGGAUAAUGCAAUGUGAAGGUGACAAAAAUAGCAGCGAAACCCGUGUUUGUUUUAAUCUGCAUAGCUGGAAUCUGAUUGGUGGCCUCUACUUUCCUUUUAUAACAUUUUUACCCUUGAAGUCUGCUGAGGUCUUUGCUGCUGUGAUAUUCAAGGUAUCCAGUAAAUUGGAGACAACAUUACUGUAAAACAAUGCUGUAUAUACAUCAUUGCCUUAUAUAAAUGGAAAUGGUCAAAUCAUGUA